ACAUUUUUUUUGUUCCCACAAAAUAGAUGACAUAAAAAAAAAUUUACCACAUAAAGAAUCACCAUCCACAUGAAUUAAUCCUAUAAAGGCAAACACAAACGCCAAGAACACAAACACACACAAUAAAACACACAUAGAAGAAACAAUUUCAAAAACCAAAAAGAAAAAAGAAAAGGAAAAGAAGAAAAACCAACAAUGGAGGUGGUGAGAGUGCAAUCCAUUGCAUCCCUAUCCAAGCAUGCAAACACGAUUCCUUCCGAAUACAUCCGAUCGGAAAACGAGCAACCGGCGGGCUCCACCGUGCAGGGUGUGGUUCUCGAGGUUCCGGUCAUCGAUCUGAGCGACGAAUCCAACAUAGAAAAGAUCGUACGGUUGAUAAGCGAAGCGAGUAGGGAGUGGGGGAUAUUCCAAGUGGUGAACCAUGGAAUCCCGAACGAAGCGAUAUCGAAGCUGCAACGAGUGGGGAGAGAGUUUUUCGAGCUGCCGAAAGAAGAGAAAGAGGUGAUUGCAAAGACAAGUGAAUCUGGAAUAGAAGGAUAUGGAACCACACUUCAGAAAGAAAUUGAAGGCAAAAAGGGUUGGGUUGAUCAUUUGUUCCACAAGAUUUUGCCACCUAAUGCUAUCAAUUACAACUAUUGGCCCAAGAAUCCACCUUCUUACAGAGAAGCAAACGAAGAGUACGCGGAGAGGCUCCGCCACGUGUCGGACAAGCUGACAAAGUGGCUGUCGCUAGGGCUAGGGCUGGAAGGUCAAGAACUGAAGGCGGCGAUGGGCGGGGAAGACACUAUUUAUCUGAUGAAGAUAAACUACUACCCGCCGUGCCCCCGCCCCGACCUAGCCCUAGGGGUGGUGGCCCACACUGACAUGUCAGCACUCACAAUCCUCGUACCUAACGAGGUUCAAGGCCUCCAAGUUUUCAGGGAUGACAGUUGGUAUGACGUCAAGUACAUCCCCAAUGCUCUCAUCGUACACAUUGGAGACCAAAUUGAGAUACUAAGCAAUGGGAAGUACAAGGCUGUGUUUCAUAGGAGUACGGUGAAUAAGGAGAGUACGAGGAUGUCUUGGCCGGUGUUUUUGGAGCCGCCGGCGGAGGUUGAAAUCGGGCCGAUUACGAAGCUUGUGACCGAAGAAAGCCCGGCGAAGUUUAAGACUAAGAAAUAUAAAGACUAUGUUUACUGUAAGCUUAACAAGCUUCCACAGUGAUGCUACGUACUAUAAAAUGGUUUAAUAUUGUUUUCAUAAUUCAAUUUGAAUUGUAAUAUUGGAACAUGCAUGUGUUAUUAAUAUCGUGAGUAGCAGUAGCUUCUUGCUAAUAAAUCAAUAAAUAAAUCAUGCUUUUUUUUUCUUUU